CAGUAUCCAGCAACUAUUGCAGAAGUAAAUCAACUUUUAAAAGUGUGCCAAUUUGCUGAGCUGAGAGAAGUAAUGAUGAGAUCAUUGUCAUUUGGUACUGCAGGUAACAUUAUUGGUUGAUUCUUUAAAAAAAUUAAAAUUAAAUUAAAACUAGUGGUACCUUCUAGCAAGUUUCAAUGAGGUGAAUUUGUUUAUCUUUUGUGGAAUGUGCCUAAUUAUUCUUUCCAAAUUGUUACAUACUAUUAGAGGUUUAAAAUUAAUUUUUCUAUAAACAAGGAUGGGUAAUAAAUUUCACCCAACAACUUAGGCACAUUUUAUUUUACUAUAAUUUCAUGCCUUAAAGCUUUGAUGGUAAAUUGGAACAAUUUGCUCUUAUGUUUCAUGGUAAACUCCACUGUAUAAAAACUGUAAAUGUUAGAAAGUAAAAUAUUUUUUGAGUGAGGCCUUAAUCAAAGAUACGUUUACAAAUUAAAUUCUGAAUGUGCGCUGAUCAGUGGCAUCAUUAGGGAUAAGAAAAUAUUCCGUGUGGAGUUACUCAUACAAAAAAAAAAUUGGUGUAAAGUUUGUGUGUGAAAAGUGCAAGAAUGGGGAAAAGUAUGUAUAAGAGGUAUAAAAAUGUAAAUUUGAAUAAGAUACAACGAUCUAAUGAGUUAGUGCAUAUCACAGGACAAAGGGUCUCUUGAAAGGCAUCUAGAUUGUCUCUAAAACAAAAGGUCAGCAAAUUUGUUACAUUCUAAAUCUAAAUAGUCCAGUUUCGAAUUAAAAAUUACCGCUGAAUAUAAACAUUAACGACACAUUCAUACAGGGUUAGCCUUGACGUAAAGUAAAAUAUUCAGAAAUUCUGGCAAGUAAGUGUUUGAAAUUUGAGUAUAUACAAUAGACAGAGUAAUAAACAGGUCUUUUUCUCGUUGGAAUUUGUGAAUAUAUUACUUCAGAUUGAGGCUAAGGCUGUAAAAAAUGCGUCUUCACUUCUUUAAUUCAGAGGUCAUAGCGAACUCGAAAAUGGACUAUUGAGUUGUGAAGAACACUCUGGUUCUGAUAAAAUUUGAGCAUACAACCCUGUUCCUUGAUCAGCUGCUCUUUUAAACGCAAUUUAUGAAGCAAAACAGGGCCCUAAUAGCCCUUUCAGACAAGAAAUCGUAACUUUGCUCACCUGUUAGGUCCUCAGCAACAACUCAACAAACGCAAUCCAUAGUCCACAACCUACAUUAGCACACUGGAUUACCUAGCCUUGAACCAUAAGGAGUAAAAUGUAAAUGCAAGAAGUUGAUGUCACUGCCCAAAUAUCGGGUACUCACACCUAAAUAUGGGCAAAAAAGGAGGGUUAUGCAGAAGUUGAAAAAUUUUCCAAAACAGUGUGCAGCAUUAAGAAUUCUGUUGCUGAGCCAGCCUCACUUCUUAGCUUUGUUGCCUUGUUGGGAAUUACGUGAAAACUUGACUAGUUUAGAACCGUCACUUUACUUUAAUUUAUUAUUCCUGGUGUUUGAUCUAAAAUAUGAAUUAUUGUCAAGGUGUAUGAAAGAGAAUUCUUUUGACAGUAACAUGGUACUUUAUUUUAUUUGUUGUCAUUUUUUUAAGGUUUAAGAUCAAAAAUGGGAGCAGGUUUCAACAGGAUUAAUGAUCUGACUAUCAUCCAAGCUACCCAGGUUUGUACUUUUGUUAAAGAAAUAGAAAAAUGUACAGCAAAAACUUGUAAACUUGGCAACAUUCUGAACUGGUUGUUUAUAGACUAGAUUACCUGUAUGCUUAAUUCCUUUCUUUUGGAUGAAUGUACUGAGGUAAGCUGCAAUAAUGUUAGCCUCCUACGAAGAGAUUCAUCCGGCUUUGUAAUGAGUUCCCAUUGUUUGUCAAUGUAAUGUUAUGUCCGUUAUCUGGGAAACAUCAUUAAGGCCAAUGCAUGGUUCAUCCUCUCAAUAUUUUACAUUCUCUAUUUUCUAUUCAAAAACAGAAAAAGCCAAAUCACAGUCUUAGUUUCCUUUUCCUGUUUAAAAUUCUUUAUGUAAAAUGCAUCAUUUUAUUGAAUUUUUUAGUCAGAACCACCUAUCCCUAUUUACAUAUGUAAGAAAAACAUCAAAAUCUUCAAAACUUACCAGAGUUGUAGAAAUGACUUUCAGUUUAAUUCUAGCCUAAGAAAAAAAAAGAAGCUAUCUUCUUUUUUCGUUAUUCAUUUUACUAACGAAGUAAUACAAAAAUGCGAAAAACAAAAAUCUACUUCUGUUUUCCGUUUUUCAUUUUAUGUGCCAAAAAAAAAAUACAAAAAACGUUUUAUUCAUAAGAAAAUACAUAAAAUGAAAAGCUACUUCCAUUUUCCAUUUUUCGUUUUAUGCACAAGAAUUGACUUCUGGUCACUCGUUAUCACCUUUUUGUAUGGAUAAAUGAGGUGUUGUUCAGAGUGUGGGCUAGUAUACUAUUGGCGUGUGGAUAAAAUACAGUACUAGUGAUGCCUGUGUGGAUCACAUCAGGCAACCAAUUUACAAUUUGGGCGUGUCAUCGAUCAGGAAUAAUACUUGGCCAAUGACAGGGUGGUUAAGUUGCUGUAAAAAGUAGGAACAGAGAGAACUAUUUCACUAUCAUUGUAAGAACAUGGGUUGGGAAUGGUGUUGUUUAUGUGUUUGCGACACUUUAAUCAUGUUAAUUUGUUGUUGUAGGGUGUCUGUAAAACCAGGAGUUUACACACCCCGGACAACUCCCUGACGGGCUGGAACCCCCCAGAGCACCCUUAAUUACAAAAAUUAGGCAAAAAAUUACAAACCAAAAAAUACCCUAAAAUAUCAUCAAUUAAUCAAUAACUGAAUAUGUUUGUUUUAUCUGUUACUGGGAAAUGGAAAUUGGAUCAGAUUGAUGAAUUCACACUACUUUGUGACUUAUCAAGAUUUUAAGAAAGUAGUCUGUUGCCUUUAUACGAUUACUUACUAGCCUUUUUGUCUGAAAUAUAGUUGAAAGAGCUACAACUGAAGUCAAGAAAAAAAAUCAACCAAAUAAAAUAGAAGAGUUAAAUGAGAACUAAGCGGAGGGCCCAUGUGGGAUUUAUAACAUUGUCACUAAAUAUCUUUUACCCAAUUUGUAGUUUAUUGUGUUCGAGGAGUAUCACUUUAAUAAAAUUCACUUAUUUUGAUUUUUGUCUUGUUUUCUUUGAUUUUGGUAUUUUGUCUGAUUAAAAGUAAAAAUAUUUUUAGCUUUAGUGUUUCACUUUAGAUUUCCAGCUAAUCUUGGUUUUUUCGAAAUUUUCUGCGCUUGACUUCUCAAAUGAUGUUUUUGUCACAGCUUCAAUAGUGGAUGGUCAGCCAUAAUCAAGGCCGGGUCAUUCAUUCAUAUACCAAUAAAUCUUUUGAAGGAUUCUGGUCCAAAACCCUAAAACCAUGCUCUGCUCAGGGUUACAUACCCAUCAUGCAAGGCCAAAUAAGAGACAGUGCCCCCUCCUGGGAAACACUUAAAGGACAGAGAAUUCUCCAUGCAAUCUAUAAUCUACCUGCCCAACAGAAAAAACCCACAAACAUUAGCUGGAAAAUCAACAUGGAACAAUAAAACCAAAUAUAUUUUCUCUUUUGAUCAAAUACAAAAUAUCAAAAUAAAAGAAGAAAACAGGCAAGAAUCAAAAUAGGUCGGCGAAUUUUAUAAGUUAUACACAGGAAACAGUACAGCAUUGUAGAAGCUAUUUAUUUAAAACACAUUUUAUUUUUGGUUUAUUUUUUCCCUCUUGACUUCAGUAACGGCUCUCUCGGCAAUAUUUCAGACAAUGGCUGAUCUACGUUACAGAUAAAACAUAUCAGUUAUUGAUUCAUUGAUGAUAUUUUAGGGUAUUUCUUGGUUUUGUAAUUAUUUUGCCUAAUUUUUGUAAUUAAGGAUGUUCCGGGGGUUCUUGCCCGUCAGGGAGUUCUUCAGGGGUGUCCUGAGGGUGUGCCAGGGGUGUUCCAGGCCAGCUCUGAGCAACACCUCAUUUAUCCUUCAUUUAUCCAUACAUAAGUGGGAUAAUGAGUGACCGGAAGUCAAAUCUUGUGCACAAAUUGAAAAACGGAAAAUGGAAGCAGAUUUUCGUUUUUUCGUUUUUUGCUAUUUUUUUGCAAAUAAAACGAAAAAUGGAAGUAGAUUUUCGUUUUUUUUUUUUGUAUUUUUUUUGCAAAUAAAAUGAAAAACGAAAAAUAUUUUCUUUUUUUCUUAGGCUAGAAUUAAACUGAACGUCAUUUCUACAAGUUUGGUAAAUUCUGAAGAUUUUGACGUUACGGAUAUAAAUAGGGUUAGGUGGAUCUAACUAAAAAUUCAAUAAAACAAUGUGUUUUACAUAAAAAAGGUUCUGCACUGGUAGAAUUUUUAACAGGAAAUUCAAAAGGAAACUAAUUUGGCUUUUUCUGUUUUUUAAUAUAAAAUACAAAAUGUAAAAUAAUGAGUGGACGAACCAUGCAUGUACCCAUUACAAAUACACGUCCACAGUAAAACUAAGCGGUGUACAACAAAAAGAGACCACAAAUAGUCAAAAAUUUAGUCUAUUCAAUUGUUUCAAAACCUCGUGUAAGGUCAGUGAAAUUAUCAUUGUACAUGUACAAUUUUGCCAUUUUUUUAUUUGCUGCGUCAUGACCUUUGCUACAGAAAGCUAAUGCUGACCAUCAUAAGUCUUAACUAUCUUCUGUCAACUCUCCAACGUCAAGGAUGUUAUUGUUUUCAAACUUAUUGACGAAAGUAGUUGGUACCAAGGUUACUGUCUGUCGGUUUGCAAUGAUUUGCAUGAGUUGCUUCAUGACCUGCGACAGUAAUGAGACAGGACUAAUGAAGUUAUAUAAUGAUAUGCUUUCACUGGAUGGUGUAGUUAAGCAUAAUAGUAGUUCUUUUGGGCUGCUUUUAAAUUAACUAUAAUAUUAUCUUGUUAUGGGUACAAUAAAAAAGACUAUCUUUGUUGUUGUUGCUUUUAUUAGUGGUAACAGGUCUUUGGGGUGUGAGCCAUUAAAAUAAAAAUUGAGAGAUGCCAAUCUUGUUUCUGUUUACAGUGUAGAACUUUAUAGUAUGUAACAGUUUUUUUAAGUUUUGUAAAGGAUUGAUGUGAAAGUCAAUUGAAAUAUUAUCUCUUGAUUUUUCCAAGGCCUUCAAUAAAAAAAAUAGUUUCAAGGUUAAUUAGUGCAUUGGUAUAUGUCAAUGGAUCUCUAUAAUCCUAUUUUACGAGUAGAAAAAGAGCAUUGUUAAUUAAUGAAUUCUUUUUUUUUUACCAACUCUAAAUGUUCCAGCAGCAGCAUAACCUCUAAUAUUGGCUUGAUUAAGUGAUGAAGUACAUAUUUUCAAUGAUUACAGUGACUUACAGUUGAGCUAUUUCAUUGGUCUGUUACUAUUAUAAAAAGGUCCCAUCGGCUGGUAGUUUGGGACAAGCAGAUUUUCUUGCUAGGCAAAUAACUUUUAAACCUUACUUGCCCGAUGGGCAAGGUUCUAACAACAUCAUUAACUAAGACAAGCAUGACGUGGCUCCGGGCAAGCAAACUGUGUGAGCUGCUUGCCUAAUUUAUUGAUUUCUUCAGUGUGAGCUCUUCUCCUCAUCUUACUUUUCAUGUUACUUUUCCUUUGAUUGAUGUUGUUUCUCCUCUUCUAUGACCAAAUGCGUGCGUUCUGUGGUUAGCUCGAAAGCUAAGCUCCUCUGACCACCGUACACUUCUACCCAAGCCAUUAAUUUUCUUUUUUUCCUUCUUUUUCUCCUUUAUUAGUGUAUUCCUACCUUACUAUAUAUAACGUAAACAUUUUAUAAAGUGUGAAUAAUAAAAUUGAAUUGAAUUAUAUUUAUUACAAACAGGGGCUUUGUCGAUAUUUAGAAAAACUUUUUCCAGACUUACAAGAAAGAGGAGUUGUUGUAGGAUUUGAUGCAAGACACAACAGUAAACGGUAAGGAAAUUGCUCAUCUCCUUCUUUGUUAUUACUGGUAUUCCAUGUACAUGUUACAGUUCCAUGUACAUGUUAAAUUCAGGUUUAAUUUUUUUAAACCUAGGUUGAUUCUCCUAGCUCUAACUCAUAAAUAACUAGACUCACUGAAAGGUGACUUGCUGGGCUGUCAUAGAGACCUACAUUGUACACCAGAAAGAAAUUAAUGUAUGGUAUGAAAACAAAGAGUUUACUAAAACAGACAGCCAACUGCCCAUUGAUCUCGAUCCACGGGCCUCAUUGAUUGCAAUGAGACUUUAAAUAGAUGAUCCUAAUUUGCGGUGUACAGUCUACCUGAAAACGCAUUAUUUUUCUUUCCACAAGAUAAGAAUAUUCAGUUCUAAGAUUUUUCUGUUGUUAUUUUUCUUCAACUUUGCAUUAUGCAACCUAAAAGAGUUUAAAGGUUUCUCACUCGGUUGUUGAUUUCAUUAGGACACACUUUAAACAAUGUAAAUAGAUCAAAAUAUGAUCGAUAAAACAUUUUUUACCGCAAUAGUAAUAUGAAUUGCAGGGGUUUCAAUAAGCACCGACGGCUGACGAAACACGUGGGCUACUUUGUUAAUAGAGGUCGACUACUUUUUUUUCUAGAAAGAAGAAGCAACUAGUUUGAAUAACGUUGUAAACAAAAAAUAUAUCGUAAAAUCUGAAUGAAAACGUAAUUAUGACGUGUUUUCAUAAAGGCCCACUGGUUUUACGUCAUGCUUUAGACAUGUGAAUGCUUUAUUUCAGUCAUUUUUUCACAAGUUUCUUUAUAGUUAUACGCAGAAUUUGUUUACCUGCAAAAGUACGUAAAUUAGUUUUCAUCAUUUGCUCAUUGCUUGUAGGAAUUGAUUGUGUGACUGAUAAACUGAAAGUUACAUUUUUCUUGAAUGAAAAACACGCCCUUUUGUCCCCAAAUUAGUCCACAGAACGCUGAAAAUCGCAUUUUAGGGCUUUGAAAUUUUGACGUACAAAAAAUAUUUGUGCAGGAGAAAAUCGUAUGAAGCAAUUUGUGAGAACAUCAUUUCCCAGGCAGCCCAGUAAUUCGGGCUAGGAGACAAAGGAAACUGAGAAUCAACCUAGGUUAAAAAAUGUUAACCUGAUUUUAAUUUUGACCCACAUCAUAAACAACACAUCAAAUGUUAUCUACGGUGCAUUUGUAAUAUUCAGUGAUAAUUAAAAAUACAUUUUAAUAAUUUAGUGGAUAAGUACAAUGUAAUAUAUUCUUUGUAUGGUUGUAGUUUCUGUAAGAAUAAUUAUUGUAACCACUAUUAGUAUUACCUGUAUUUCUUUGAGUUUUAGUUGGUACAUGACAUUGGUAGUCUGCUUAUUGCAGACAGCAGACUGCCAACUGUAAAUUGACUGACAUUGAAUAUACCAUAGGCUGCCUAUAAGCCCCCCAGUUAUAGGCGCAUCUACCUGUAAACAAAAAUAAUCUUUUUAUAAGCCCCCUGGAUAUUUACAGUGUAAACUUCCCUCUAGCUUAUAUGGAAAUGAAUUCGAUCUAUUAUGACAUUUUGAAGCCUACUUAAAAAUGUAAAACUCACAGCUGUAUUUGGAUCAAUACUGUCAUAGCUUUUUGAAGCGCUUUUUCUAGUCCAGUUAUAAGUACCCUCGGAUAUAAGCCCU